AUGGCGCAUAAAACUCUAUCGCCAGCUUCAUCUCCUUUAUAUAAAUAUAAUAGAAAUAAGGAUGCUAGACUUGAACGAAUGCCUUUCGAUUAAACUUCAAAAUAUUUAGAUUCUUUGUUUGCUGAAGAAAAAGAUUAGGCUUUAAACUCAUAAUUUUAAAAUCAUGCAAGAGAUUAAUAUAAAUGCUUUUGCUAGAUAUGCUUGAAAAAAAACCCUAAUUUAUAAGAAAGCUCACCUAAUAAGACGACUAAAUCAUUUUAUACAAGUUAAGCAUCUCCUUUUAGAUACACUCAUUAGAGUUUUCAUUAGUAGAAUUUAUAAGCAAGUAAUGGUUUUAAUACAGGCGAAGCAAAUUUAAAUUUAGAAUAGUUUGGAAAGCAGAAUGAAACAGGAGCUGAUGUUGGUAUUAAUAACAACUACACUGACAGCUCUCCGUCUAAAAACCACGAUACAGAUUUAAAUUUUAUUUUAAAAAGAUUGGUACCUCCUUAAAGAGUUUAAAGAACUCUGAGGGUAUUUAUACCCGAAACAGUAUUAUUUUGGAAUGGUGAAGCCAAGUUGCUAGUUCAUACAAAUUACAAAGACAAUCAGUUAAAGUUUAUAAAGCAAAAAGAAAAAUUAUAGUUAAAUGAAAUUCGUAAAUUUUUUAAUGAAAGGAGAACUAAAUAUAGAUAACUAGUUGAGUAAAAGCUGGAAGAAAUGAGAAUCUUUGGUCCAAAUGAAGCUCGUUUUAUUAAAAGACCUUAAGAAAUUAAACUAUUUGACACUUCUAACUCUACACCAACUAAUAAAAAUGAUAAUACAGGAACAAAUUAAAAAGAUUAAACGAAAUUUAGUCAUGUUAAAAAAUCUAAAUUAGCACCUCCAACUUCUGGGGAUUCCUCUAAAAACUCUGCUUCACCAUAUUCAGUUAAAUAAAAUUAAGCUUCGAUGGGGAUGAAUGACUCAUAAGUAAAAAAUGAUGCGAAAAGAUCUAAGUCAAUUACAAAUAGACCAUCAGAGCUAUAGCUAGGAGGAUCAAAUAGCACUAACAACUAGUCUUUUUAGACUAUAGAAAAUAAAGAUGCCAUAAUAUACAAACUUGAUUCCUUUUCAAAGUACGAUCAAGAUCACACAACAGUCAUAAAUGAGUCAGACUUUCUUACUUUGAUGAUGAAAAGAAAAAUUGACCCUAUUUGGUCUAAUGUUCAUUACAUACAAAAUAUCAUUAAGGUGAAAAAGAAUAAAUUUUAGUAUCAGCAUUACUUUUUUAUCUAAGAAGAAGUUAAGGAUGAUGAACUAUUUUACAGAGCAUUCAAGGAUAUAUAAAUAUUAAAUGGAGAAAUUAGUAGCGUCAGCUCAGAAUUUGUUCCAAUUGAUGUAGAAGAGGAAUUCGAAACAAAAUUGAUGUAUGAUCAGAUAGUAGAAUAUUAAAAGUAUAUUACAUGUAAAAUAUUUCACUUCCUUCAGACAUUUCAUAGUGUGACUUUGGAAACGCUAGAAACUGAGUGGCUUUAAGAUGAUACAGGUGCGUUGUAUUUAAUUAAUUGUAAGAACAUAUCUUAUAUAUCUUAAGGACGCACUUAUAUUACGACUGAAAUGUACUAUAAAAGAAUUGAAGAAAAAGCAGAAAAGAAAUUAAGGCUAAAAGAGGGCCUUGAAGAGAAAUAUAAAGACUACAGAAAAGAGGCCAUAUAAAAAUUAUCAGAUGAUAUGAUGAAAAACUACGAAGCUAAAAAAAAGAAGCUAGGAAUUUUAUAAUAAAAAAAAACAAGAGAGGAAGUUGAUAUAUCUGAUGAAGUAUUUUCAAAGAUAUACCCAGAAAUAAAAUUCAAACUUUCUGAUCUAUUGAAGACAGAUGCCCCCAUUAAAGUGUUAUAAUAAGAAAUUUUAGGUGAAAAAAAUAUGACAUUAAGAGAAAAAAACUAAAUAAACAAUUCUCAAAUGUUUAGCAAGGUGUAUCUUUCUCCUAGCAAAUAAAAAGGAUUUACAGAGCUAAAUUCUUUGAACACUUCUUUUACAAUGAGAUAAACAUUUUCAAUAAUGAAUAGAACAAAUCCUCCUCAUAGAAGAAUUUUUUCAGCUUCUAAUAAAAGAAAUAAUUUAGGUUAUGAUUAGCAACAUUCUAAUACUAAAGAUGGUUUUUAUACCACAGCUAUAAAUAAUUUAAUAGAAAACAGUCCCACAAUACAAGUUGUAAAAUCAUAAGCGAUUUCAACUUCAACUACUAAAAAAUGGUUAAAAGUAAAGAAAAAAACUUUACCCUACUAUUUAUUUUGUUCUUCUUAGUGA